AAAAAAAUUCAAACACAUGUUUGUCCAACACAUUAUCUAUGAAUUGACAAGUCACAUGUUUGAACCCGCCAAAAUUUUAGAAAAAUACUUUGAUCCAAUAAGUAUUAAUCAAAAUGUCCGAUUUUUAUGAUAAUUUAGCAAAUUGCGAAUACCAUGCUCCAAACAUUAAAAAAGAUAAGGCAAAAAGAAAAAAGCUUGUCAAAAAUAAUAGCUCAUCAUUAUUGUCAUCGGUAGAAUGGCCUCGUAAGCAAAUCUACCUGAAAGAAUGGGCCAAAAUCGAUCAAAAAAUUGACUCUCGAAUUCAAUCAUUGUUUGAACGAUUCCUAAGUGAUUUCGUGAAAACAGAAGUGAUUGAUAGAGAUCAAUCACUUAAUAUGAAAAAAAUACCUACUAGUAUUAUGACUUUAAAUACACAAUUAUUAUGUAAGAAAUUAAUCCAUGAUCUUGGUUCAAUGCUUGAUGAUACCAAUUACGAAAACGAAUCAACGGUCAUCAUUCAACUUGAUUCAUCUCAUGAUUCAAUGCGUAAUAUUUUGCAGCAAUUUCUACGAACUUUCAGCCAACGAAAAGUUUUUGAUGAUGAUUUUAAUACAGAAACAUUGCAAACCAUUGAAGAUGUGUUCGAAUUGCUAACCAAAUCUGGUCAUAAUGGCUGUGUACAUUUAAUUGUGGUUGUUUAUGAAUUUGAAAAAUUCAAUAUGAAUUUGUUAAAUAAAUUCAUUACAAUCAUUAGGUCAUUCAUCAGCGAUGUUCCGCUUGGAUUUAUAUUCUUCAAACAAAAUCUAUUUAAUGCCAAUCUUAAUAAUUAUCUACCAAUGGAUACAAUAGAUCAUUUAUACGUUAGAAUCGAUGAUGAUGGUUUUCGAAAAUCUUCUAUCCUAUCUUUAUUCAUAGAUAUUAUUCAGGAUAAUAAUCUUCAGAUAAAAUUUCAUCCAACUUUGAUCGAAAAACUUUCAGAAAAUUUCGAACGAAUAGAAUUUUCAUUUGAAAAUUUUCGCAAUUUAAUGCAUUUGAUUGUCUUUAAUUAUUAUAAUCAAAAUCCUUUGUCACUUAUAUGCGAUGCAAAUUUUCAAUCAUACAAUGAUGACAAUUUGACUUUAUGUUUUCGAAAUUCAUUGAACAUUAGAUCAUUGCAACAAAUCCCAUUUGAUGAUGAAUACAUGAAUAAUUUGUCGAAAUGUUAUCAAGAAUUAUUGAAGAAAAAUUCCCAAUUAAUGCAAUGUUUAAAUAUUAUUUUACAAUUGUUCAACGAUCUAAGUAUACCAAUCGAACAAUUUCCUUAUCAUUAUUCACAAUUUUUCACGAACAAGACAUCCAGUGAAAAAUGUGGUGAAAAUCUUCAUCUAGAACGACUUUACGAUGUAACACAAAAUCGUAUAAAAAAUGCACUAGAAAAAUUAAAAUUCUCUAACCAACAUUUGAAUAAUAAUCCAUUAUGGAAAGCUAUUGAUAGUCAUCUUGUUAAACUUGAUGAAUUAAUCAAUCGUGAUAAAGUGGAACAAGAAAAACAAAAGGAAUCGAUACGACAAUUAGGUCUCGAAUGUCAAGUGGAAAUGGUUAAAGAUAAAUUACGUCACAUUAAUUCUCGAUAUGAAUGGAAACGUACAUUAAAACCAAUGGCUAAACAAAACUUAUCACAUUAUGAACAAUGGAAAAAUAACUUCAUCUGUAAUUUGGAACAAUUAUUAGCUGAUUUCCAAUUUAACAACGACGAAAGAAGCUUAAUCGAUGCUCUUUUCUGUGAUAUGUUUCCCAUAAAUCAUUUAUCCUAUCGUUUAAAUAUCGAUAAAGCUCUAGCAAAACCAACCGGUAAAAAUUCUGCUGCAUUAGGUAAUUCCUAUCCAAGUUUUUAUAUAAUUUAUAAAUUAUACAAAGAAUCUGGUAAUAAUGUAAAUCUGACCGAUUGGUAUGAGAAAUUUUGUGAGGAAAAAAAUCUGUCAGCAAAUUCUCAAGUAAAUAAUGAAGAAAUGUUUAUGGCUUGGUUUUUAAACACCAUUCUGGAUUUUGAAUUUAUUGGUUUACUGAAAAGUUGUACUCAUAAUAAAUACAGUAAAAUUGUCUAUUUGUAA